CUUCCUCAGCAAUCAAGAAAGCAACCAUUCUCAAACCCUCAAAUUCAUUCCAUCAAGCGAAAUGAUGUCCCCCAGCACCAUUGCCUACCUCUUCUCCACCGCGCUCGCCGUGCUUACCCCCCUCGCCGCCGCCAAAGGCUGCUACAGCGGCGGAGAGUCGUACAGCUCUGUCGCCACCGGCCACGAAAUCCUCGAGGAGGCGGUAAAUGCCUGCGACAUCCUCGAGGGCAUCUACGUCUCUGGCGCCAGCCGUCCCCACUGCAGCAAUUUCCAGUCGGGCAACCGCGUCAACUGGGAGGUGACCAACGAAUCCGGCUCGAAGGCCAUUCUUUCCUCCAUUGACUGCGUCGCUGCCUUGAGAACCGAGAUUGAGGCCUGCCCGCGCGGUAGUCUUCAGACUUACGGUCCCUUCUUGAUUAAAUACGACCCCAACGCGGGCGCUUGCUAGAGGGUUGGCUGAGUUGUGCAUCAGAGCGAAGCGGAUCGUGUUCGGGCGGAUGCAGAUUGUCGAUGCGGUGGAUGGGUGAUGAUGGUCUAGCGGAUGGCGAAGAUGAGGCGAUUGAGUUGAUGAGUUGAUGACGGAGAUGAGAUGGAUGUGUUUACAUGUAUGCACUUGAUAUCAUUCUUGCACGGUCUCAUUGUGAGUUUGGCCUUUUGUCUCUCUGCUUGAAGUUCGCUCGUUGGGACUCUCAAGCCGAACUCAACAUGGAUGCUUUUUUCUG